AGGUGUAAUUUGGAAAUGCGGAAGCUUCGAACUUUAAUAGUUUCGAGUACGUUUAAGGAAAACGAGCAACGACCUCUUAGUAUAUCCACACUGAGAUCUUUCUUAUCAUCGCCAGUUUUGUCCAACUUUUCUGAGCUACAGGUCAACGAGAUCAACACCUCUCGAACAAGAUCGAUUAACGUACUACUCUUCUUUCGCAAGGUCUACCAAUUCAACAUGACACCUUUCCUCAAGACCAGUACAUCAAUAUUUUAUUGGACAGUUGCUCUCAUGGUGCUGUUGACGACAAUGUACUCUGUCACGGCUCGAUUAGAAGAGUGUCAGCUGAGACCCGUAAUUCACGUCCUGAAACAUUCAGGGUGUAUUCCUAAACCAAUUCCAUCAUUUGCUUGCCAAGGAACAUGUUCCUCCUACGUUCAGGUUUCUGGAUCCAAAUUCUGGCAAGUGGAACGAUCUUGCAUGUGUUGUCAAGAGAUGGGAGAAAGAGAAGCCAGCAUCGGGAUUUUCUGCCCUCAGACUAGACCUCGAUUCCGUCGGAUAAUUACACGUGCUCCCGUGGACUGCAUGUGCCGACCCUGCACAGCCGUGGACGAAGAUUCCGUUCAAGCACAGGAAAUAGCCAGCUUACUGAAAGACAGCGAAAUCGUGGACGAACUGAUGUAAAGGCUGACGGGUCUAACGGCCAUAUGCACAGCUGGAUAACAGAAUUUUUCAAAACAGUCUAUGACACGUUUUUUUUUUUUUUUGUUUAUAUUGUUAAGGAAGUGUUUAGAUAGCUUUUAGUGUUUUUCUUAGCAUAUUCGUAAAUUUCAAGGUUUAUGUAAGUGUAGAGAGAGAGAGAAUUAAUGUAUUCAUAUAAAACAUUUUGAAAUAACUUAUAUGAAACAGAGUUUAGUGCGUUACUCUUUCUCACUAUACUCGAGAAUCACCAAUUAUAGACCAUGGUCCUUUUCUUUCUGUCACCCGGUGGGUCAGCGGCAAGCUCAUGCACUUACAAUGCUAAAAUCUGGGGUUCGACUCCCCCCAGUAGCCUUUCACUAAAAUAAGUGAGUUUUUCUUUCUUUCAUUUAUUUAAGACAUUAUUUGAGUUAUAGUUUAGAUUAACUGAUUGAAUGAGUUAUAAAACAGUUACGUUUUUAUGAAUAAUAAUGGAAACAUUAUAUAUGUAAUAUUUAGCCACUAAUCCUACUAUACUGAUGUUGACAAGCAGUGGCUCUAUCUUAUAAAAUAUGACCCAACGAUCCCCACUUUGUGUGUUACCUGCAGUGUUUGUUUCAACAGAAUGUUUUGCAAAUUGAAUAAAAUGUUCUUAAGUGUGAA